UGAGGGUAUGAUUGAAUCAUGAAACAAGGCUCGUGGUUUUCAACUUUUCCUAAUCAACUUUGCUUUUAUUUAUAUUCAUUUUAUUUUUAUUUUAUUUUGGCGAGCAUUAGAAAAGCAAAGGCCAUGGGAGAAGCUCGCUUGUGACCCCAUUUCAAAGGGUAGCAAAAAGGAGUGUUAGAAACAGAUGGUAAAGAGAGUAUGCCAAUUAAAAAGGAUGAAAAAAGCAAAUGAAAGCUUUAAAUCUCUUGCCUCCUUUAUUUUAAAACCAUCCCUCUCUCUCUAAACUCAUAAACCAUACGCUUCAUCAACCUCAAGAUCUAAAAGAAAGAACCGGCAACAAGAAGAAAGUGAUAAUCCAGUGGGUUCACACAAUAGAAAGAAAUCAACAUGAAAGCAAGGGAAGCCAACAGGGGAGCUCCAUCAGCAGAUCUGUUAGUAUGUUUUCCUUCUAGAGCCCAUCUAACCUUACUGCCCAAGCCCAUUUGCAGUCCUGCAAGACCAGUAGAGCCCAGCAAGCGUCAUCAGAACCACCGUCACCACCACCACCGCCUAAAGAAAUCUAGCACAAGAGGUGGUGGUGGCCAAUCUAGUCCUCUAUUAUGGGCCAAAAACAAGCAAAUGGGCUUGGAGAUCGCAGAACCAACUUCACCGAAGGUCACCUGUGCUGGGCAGAUCAAAGUCAGGCACAAAUCCGUUGCAUGCAAGAGCUGGCAAUCAGUCAUGGAAGAGAUUGAAAGAAUUCACAACAACAGGAAACACAAGAAAAGAUCCUCUUGGAUGGAUUCUCUUGGAUUCAAGAAAGAUAUAAUGCAAUUCUUGACAUGUUUAAGAAACAUAAGAUUCGAUUUUCGAUGCUUCGGGUCCAUUCCUCAGUCAGACAUCACCACCGAUGAUGAUGAAGAGGAUGAAGAAGAUGAAGAAUAUCGAGAAAAUCACGGUGGAGCUGGGGCAAGUGAUGGCAACGAAGCUUCAAGAACCAUAUUUUCUAAAUGGUUCAUGGUGUUACAAGAGAAUCAAAACGAGUUUUGCAAAGAAAAGAGAAAAGACAAAGAGGAAGAGAAGUCCUGUAGUAAUGAGUCUAUUGCUACACCUUCGGUUCCUCCUACCAAUGCUCUGUUGCUUAUGCGGUGCCGGUCUGCUCCUGCAAAGAGCUGGCUAGAAGAGAAGGUAGAAAAACGACAAGAAGAAGAAGAAGAAGAAGAAGACCACGAUCAAGAAGAAGCAGAAGAACAAGAAGAGAAUAGGAAAACAGAAGAUAAGAAAGGAAAGAGUUUAGAGGCCUUAAUGGAAGAAGAAAAAAGAAAUACCAAGAAAGAGAGCUUGGUGGUGAUGAGAUAUGACACCGAUUUCUACAAAAUUUCAUCUGAUAUAGCAAAAGAAACAUGGGUUGUUGGUGGAAUGAGAGAUCCAUUAUCAAGAAGUCGAAGCUGGAAGAGAUGAUGAGCCUCGUACGAAACAGCCUUUUCCAUGUCACAAUGGAUAAUUGAAGUAAUUUUCAACUUUCUCUGUUCAAUAAUUUUUUGUGCACUUCUUUCAAGAAAUUUUCUUCCUGGGUUCUUGUGUGGGAAUUGGGAAAUCCAAUCCUAAUCAGGAUUUACAGCUUACUUUUGUUGUUUUAUUCUUGAUAAAAUUUGAAGUUGAAUUGCAGUUGUAAUUUUUGUAUAGCUCUGCUUUCCUUUUUCCCUGGAAAGGAUUUUGCUGCCAUGUAUAUCCUGUGUUGUAUUUUCUUGCCUAAUUACAUUACUCAAUUCAGAAUCUAA